CCCAAAAAGCAAUAAUGAUUAGUCAAUCCAUAAGUCCAAUCUGGUUCAACCUUCCGUUCUACUAUUGCUAACCCAGUUCCUUUCUCUCCUCCAUCUGCAAGCUUGGCCGCACGGCCUGUCUCCCAACAAUGGCGGGAGACGAGUUGACGAAGCCGCUACUCACCUCCGACCCAUCUCAAGUCAUCAUUACCGUCGGUGAUGAGAAAUUUUGCGAUGUGGGUUCUGCUUCUGACGCUAUCGCUGAAUCGCCAUCUUCCCAACUUCAUAAUCAAUCCUACAAUCAUGUAAAUGGGUCCAGGUUCCACAGUGAAAACCCCUAUGAGAGUAUUGGCGCUGGGGAUUUUGCUUUGCCACCUACGUCUACCAUUGACCCAUUUCGCAAUCAUACGCCGAGUAUUGAUGGGAUUUAUGAGUGGUUGAAGAUUAUUAUUAUUUUGCCCUUUGUGUUGAUCAGGCUUCUGCUAUUUGGGUUGUGUCUACUGAUUGGGUUUGCAGCAACAAAAAUUGCUUUACAAGGUUGGAAGGAUAAGCUGAAUCCGAUGCCUAAAUGGAGGUGUAGGAUCAUGUGGGUCACCAGAAUUUGCACUCGUUGCAUCUUGUUCUCUUUUGGUUACCAUUGGAUUAGACGCAAAGGAAGACCAGCUCCGAGGGAGAUUGCACCGAUAGUUGUAUCCAACCAUAUAUCAUAUAUUGAACCAAUUUUCUUCUUCUAUGAGUUAUUCCCGACCAUUGUAUCAUCUGAUUCUCAUGAUUCUAUCCCCGUUGUUGGAACCAUUAUCAGAGCAAUGCAGGUUAUAUAUGUUAACAGAUUCUCCCCAGCAUCAAGGAAGAAUGCUGUAAACGAGAUAAAGAGAAAAGCAUCUGUUAAUAGAUUUCCUCGUGUGCUUCUAUUUCCCGAGGGAACCACGACAAAUGGAAGGCUUCUGAUGUCCUUUAAACUUGGUGCAUUUCUUCCUGGCUAUCCAGUUCAACCAGUGGUUAUUCGGUAUCCUCAUGUGCAUUUUGAUCAAUCCUGGGGCAAUAUUUCUCUGGCUAAGCUAAUGUUCAGAAUGUUCACUCAGUUUCACAAUUUUAUGGAGGUGGAGUACCUUCCAGUUAUUUUUCCCCUUGAAAAAGAAAAAGAAAGUGUCACUUGCUUUGCUAAUAGGACUGGCCGUGCUAUUGCUUCUGCUUUAAAUGUAGCACAGACAAAUUAUUCCUAUGUGGAUUUCAUGCUUCUUGGUAAAGCUUCUGAGUUUAAACAGGAAAACCCAUCACUUUAUUUGAUUGGAAUGGAGAGGCAGGAAAUAAUAUCUCAUAUAAGCAGUGUGGAAGCUGUGGACUUUCUGGACACAUUUCUUUCUAUGAAUCCAGAUGAAAGUGGACUCGUUCAAAUCAAUAACUUCCUCAAGGCUUUCAGGUUAAGAGCAUGCAUGCUUUCUGAAAAGAUAUUUGGAUUCCUCGACAUGGAGAGAAGGGGAAGUAUAUCGUUUAAGCAUUUCUUAUUUGGGUCAGUUAAUGUCCUAAAGCAGCCAUUAUUCAAAGAAGCAUGUGAACUAGCAUUUGCCAAGUCUGCAGGAAACCACUUCAUGUCUGAACUACAAUUUGGAGAAUCGAUCAAGCUGGCAAUUCCCGACUUAAAUGUUGAUGAGAUUCAUAGCCUCUUCUGUUUAUUCGAUACCAACAAAGAAGGCAAGAUUGGAAGGGAAGAAUUUAUUGGAUUUUUAAGAAGAAAUCCACUUCUUAUAGCACUUUUUGUGCCAUUGCUAAAGAGGAUGAUUUAAUAAUAAUAAUACUUGUUGAUUUUAUACAACCAGUGUAUUAUAUAUAUACACCUUGUAUCAUGUGGAAAAGUUUUAGUUAUUCCAACUAUUCUUAUCAUGUGGCAUGUCUUUUAAGCAUGCAAACAUAGGUCAAGAGGAUUUGGCUAUUUUAUGUAUGGUUUUGUUUUUAUUGUAAUGAUGAGAUUCUCUUAACCGAGACUUUUAUGA